AUGAGAUUCUCCGCCUUUAUCUCGGCCCUGGCCCUGGGAGCAGCCGCCGCCGCCUCCCCUACCGAGGUCACCGCUCGCGAGAUCAGGGCCCGCGACAACUGCAACCAGUCCGGAAAAAACGUUGUAUGCUGCAACGGCCCUCUCAGCUGCCUUCUCAACCUUCUGGGAGGGCCCUGUGGCGGGGACAGCUACUGCUGCGACAACGGAGCCACCUCGGGCAACGGUGCGAUCGUUUUCAGCUGCCAAAAUUUGGAUUUUCUGUAG